GAGGGUACUUUUUUUUUAUGGAGUGUAUUGUAAUUGUGCGAAAUGUGUUGUGCGGCAACAGUGUGAUUGCAACUACUGAUGCAAAUUUUUAGAAGUUUUAGCUGGCUUUCAGUAAGACAGUUAAUGUAAUGGGCGAAAACAUGGGUGUAAUUCCAGUAGAUAGCAGUGAUUUUCCUGAAAUUACGGAAACAGUACCAGAUUUUACGAAAGAGCUUACAGUUACCGAGACGGACAAUAUAACAGUACAAGCGGAAGACUGUAUAAAUGUAGGUGUAAAUUGUCUAGAAGAGGCCGAAGGUGACAUUGUCUGCACUGAAGAAAAACGAAAGAAAAGACAUAGGAUAAGGAAGAGAAAGCCCAAGAACAAGAACGAUACAGGCUCUGAAAGCACAGCUGCAGGAGAUAAGGAAACCACUAGUAACAUCCAGUGCGUCUGUGAACAUGUACGGGCUAUCCAGUUACAAGAGGGUGGUGUGUCAAUGUGUAAUGUCUCCAUGUCCACAAUUUUUCAUUCUGAACCAGUUAACGAACAAGCUACAAAACCUGAAAUCUUGCAGCAUUCUCACACUUCCAGUAAAACCAAAGUUCCAGAAAAGUCAAAGAAAAGAGUGAAGAAAUGUAGUAAAAAAAAUGUGGCACAAAGACAGCUUUCUGAAUCCGUUGUAAGUGAUAAGUGCACAGGUGGAAAUAGACAAGAGUCUGUGGCUGUAACAGAUGCACAAGUUGAAAGUAAAAGAUUAAGUGGUCAUAAUGGAAGCCCACGAAAAAGUACCAACAAAGCACAGGGCUUUGAAAAAUACCUUCCGCAAAGAGAGAUAGAGGAAGGACUCCAGAAUGGUACACUAAUUAAGGGUAUUAUCCGCGUAAACCAGAGGAACUACAAGGAGUCAUACAUAAGUAACCCUGAUGGGCAGAUGGAUAUUUUAAUAUCUGGUGUUCAGAAGAGAAAUAGAGCACUUGAGGGAGAUGAAGUUGUUGUAAAAUUAGAACAGUCUUCAGAGUGGAAGCUUCAGUCAAAUGGCUGCUAUCAAAAAACAGGAAAGGUUGUCUUCAUCUCUGUACGCAAUCAUUUGAAAGUUGCUGUAGGUACGCUGAAAAAAAUGAGUGAUGAGAACUCUCAUUUUGCUCUCUUUAGCCCACGUGAUGCUCGAAUUCCUCGUAUGAAGAUUCCUCUGUAUGAAUGCCCUCUUGAGUUCUUGGUAGAUCCUGAAAAAUUCAAAAAUGUUAUAAUUCUAGCAAAAAUGGUAGAGUGGAGCAAUGUAAAUUAUGCUCUUGGAGAAAUUAUUGAACUGGUAGGGGAAGUUGGUAAUAAGGAAGCUGAGACCACAGGUAUUCUGUUGGAGCACGGACUUGAUGUUACUCCAUAUUCAGAUGAUAUGAAAGGUUAUUUCCCUCAAGCGCCGUACCAUAUCAGCGAAGAGGAAAUACAAAAACGAGUUGAUUUGAGGAAGGAGUGCAUUUUCACUAUUGAUCCAAAGACUGCGAAAGAUCUGGAUGAUGCUGUCUCGUGUAAAUUACUGGAAAAUGGAAAUUUUGAAAUAGGAGUUCACAUUUCAGAUGUUACACACUUCUUAACAGCAGAGACUCCUUUGGAUGACAUUGUUUCAAAGAAAGCUACCAGUGUAUAUCUUGUUGAUGCGGUUCAUCACAUGCUCCCAAAAGAACUGUGCAUGCUAUGCUCUCUAUUACCUGGUGAAGAUAAAUUGACAUACUCUGUAAUAUGGGAAAUGACUCCAAAUGCUGAAAUACUGUCUCAGCGUUUAACACGUUCUGUCAUAAAUUCCUGCUCACAACUUGCUUAUGAACAUGUUCAGGCAAUGAUUGAAAACCCAGACAAACAGUGGACAAAAGAGGACCUGCCACCAUUAGCUGGAGGCUUUGAACCCAAAGAUAUCCUUUCUCGUGUUUUGUGGCUCCAUAAAUUAGCAUUAAUAUUGCGAAAGCAGCGAUUUGAUGGAGGAGCUCUAAAAAUUGACCAGACUAAAGUAUUCUUCUCAUUGGAUGAGUUAGGUCUACCAGUGGCAUAUAACUGUUAUGUCCAGAAUGAUUCACAUAGGUUAAUUGAAGAGUUUAUGCUGCUGGCCAAUAUGUGUGUUGCUAGGCAAUUACAUACUGAUCAUCCUGAACUUGCAUUUUUGCGAUGCCAUCCAGGACCUGUUACUUUAAUGUUGAGUAAGGUAAAGGCCACAUUUGAGAAGCGGGGAAUUCACCUUGACGUAUCGUCAGCGGGUGCACUACAAACAUCAAUGUGGCGCUACAGUGGAGAUGAUUUUGUUAGCCGAGCUCGCAUGAUGGUCAUUUCUUCAUUAUGUGCCCGUGCCAUGUCAAGAGCGAAAUAUUUCUGCUCAGGUUUUGUCCAAGAUGAAGAUGAUUAUAACCAUUAUGCCUUGAAUGUUGCUCGGUACACUCAUUUUACCUCACCUAUCAGGAGGUAUGCUGAUGUAAUGGUGCACAGAUUGCUUGGAGCCUCUCUAGGAUACCAUGACACUCCAAAGUGGACAAAAGAGUUUGUCCAAAGGAUAGCAUUGAAUUGCAACAAGAAGAAGUAUGCUGCAAAAUUAGCUGGAGAAGAAAGUGUAAAGUUAUUUCUUUAUCUGUAUUUAAAAAUCAAUGGACCUCUUGAAGAUGAUGCUGUUGUUAUAGACGUGAAAGACCAUUCAUUUGAUGCUGUUGUAUGUAGUAAUGGACUCACUCAACGAGUUUAUGUCGAUAAACUGGAUGCAGAUGUUGAAUUUGAAUCCCAGAAGGAUUUCUCAUUCUUGAAAAUAGCGUGGAAGUCAUCAAAGAAUUUGAAUAACAUAUUCUGCCAAGUAAUUGAGAUAUUCAGCUUAGUUCGUGUGAGACUGACAGCUGCAGAAGAGCAGACUAAAAUUCUGGCCGAGCUGAUAGAUCCUCAGAAUGCUAAUACCAAUAAUGUCAGCAAUGUUGAUGGAUGCUUGACAUGACAGUAUUCAAAGUGACUCACUUUAUUUUGUGUUUGUUGUGAGUUUUCUAGACUCCAGUUGGUAACAAAAUGUUUAUGACAGUAACUGAAUGUAUCAUGUAGAAAAAGAAGAUUUUCCGUGGUAGCAGGUAUAGACGAAAAUGGCACUAAACAGAAAGUGCUGAUGAAAGAAGUACUGUAGCUUGUCUCUUGAGUUACACUUUAUUUUUGGUUCAUGUCUUUAUGAUAUAGAAAAGAUAAUACCUACU